CUUCUUCCUCCCCGGAGGAGUCGCUGGACUUCAGCCGCUGUUGCUGUCCUCCUCCUCGGCUUGUUUGCUUCGUCUUGCUGGGCAGAAGAAGCCUCCUGUCACGGAGCCUACGAUCUCUACUUUGUUCUGGACAAGUCUGGAAGCGUCGCCACCGACUGGUUCGAGAUUUACUCCUUGUGAAGAAUCUUACAGACCGCUUUGUGAGCCCCAGCAUGAGGGUCUCCUUCAUCGUCUUCUCGGCCCGAGCUGAAGUUCUGCUGCCUCUGACCGGAGACAGGUACGAGAUUGAAGAAGGUCUGCGGCGUCUGAAGGCUGUGACUCCGGCAGGUGAAACGUACAUGCACGAGGGGAUCAAACAGGCCACAGCUCAGAUUCAGAAGCAGUCCAUCAAGUCGUCCAGCAUCAUUUUGGCCCUGACGGAUGGAAAACUGGCCGUUUACGUCCACGAACUCACCGUGAAGCAGGCUGACGAAGCGAGGAAAUACGGCGCUCGUGUUUACUGUGUGGGAAUCAAGGACUUCGACGAGCAGCAGCUUGCCGACAUCGCCGACACCAAGGACCAUGUGUUUCCUGUCAAAGAUGGCUUCCACGCUCUCAAAGGCAUCGUCAAUUCCAUACUGAAGCGAUCGUGCACGGAGAUCCUGACCGUGGAGCCGUCCAGCGUCUGUGUGAACGAGUCCUUCGAAAUCGUCCUUCGAGGGAACGGCUUCACGCCCGGACGCAGCAACGAAGGGGUCGUCUGCAGCUUCAUAGUCGACCAGCAGACCUACAAUCAGAAGCCGAGCGUCGUGCGUAAUGACUAUCUGCUGUGUCCGGCUCCAAAGCUCUAUGAAGUUGGACAGUCUAUGGACGUUCUGAUCAGCCUGAAUCACGGCAAAACCUUCAUCUCUGGCGCCUUCACCAUCACUGCCUCCACAUGUUCGGACGGGUUCGUGGUGGCGAUCGUCUUCCUGGUGCUGCUGAUCCUCGUGGCUUUAGCCCUCAUGUGGUGGUUCUGGCCUCUCUGCUGCACCGUGGUCAUCAAAGACCCGCCGCCGCCUCCUCCACCGUCACGUCCUCCGCCACCUGAGCCUGAGCCGCUGCCCAAGAAGAAAUGGCCGACCGUGGACGCUUCGUACUACGGAGGACGAGGCGCCGGAGGGAUCAAACGCAUGGAGGUACGCUGGGGCGAGAAAGGCUCCACAGAGGAAGGAGCUCGACUGGAGAAAGCCAAGAACGCCAAAAUUCACAUACCAGAAGACGUAGACGAGCCGAUGAUCAAACGUCCACGACCGAAACCAGCCCCGACCCACCAGGCCGAGAACAAGUGGUACACUCCCAUCAAGGGUCGUCUCGAUGCUCUGUGGGCUUUAUUGCGGCGGCAGUACGACCGAGUGUCCCUGAUGCGUCCCACCUCAGCAGACAAGGGCCGGUGCAUUAAUUUCAACCGAGUGCAGCAUCAGUAGAAGAAGAAGAAGAAGAAGGAGCUGCUGUGUGAAAAACCACCGUGUGCUGAUCGCUGUGGACCAAGAGGAGAAUUCCAGGUUUUAUCCUCUGUUUGAAGACGUGUAAUCUGCAGCUGAAACCACUAUCCGUUCACUCUGCUUCACCUCCUGCCACAAACUUUCCUCCUUCGGCCCUCAGCAGCACACAGGGCGCCGUGUUAAUGCCCUUUAAGUUAUUUACCACCUUCUCCUUGCACCAAAUCUGUUUGGUUUUUUUUGUACUAUUUUAAUUAAUAAAAAUAAAUGUAAUUGAUAAAAAAAAAAAAAAA